UUAGCGCAUGCUUUUUAGAGAUAUAAGAGAAUAAAAUAUAAAUUUAGUUGCGUACGCAACCCUGAAUCUUCCCCAAUAUGGGAUUGGGAGUUACCCUAACAACCAUUCAGGAUAUUGAUUCCUUUUCAGUCGGUAUUCUUAUCAAUUGGCAUAUUGCAACAAAAUGCCUUUCUGUUUUAAAAUUUUACUGAUGACCACGUGAUUUUCAUAUGUGAUCACAACAAUAAAAAAAGUGAAUAGAAUACCUGGAAAAAUUUGAUACAUAACCGGAAAAUUUGAUAAUGGAACAGAACAAGUACAGUGAUGAUAAAAAUAAAAAAUUAACAAAAGUACGAAGGAAAUUGUUUGUAGAUGAAGAGGAUCAAAAUGGAAAAAGUCAAGCUGCUGAUGAAAAUUUAACUAACAAGUUUUUAGAAGAAAUAGACAUGGCUAGAAAAAAGAUGGAAGAAAAAUGGAAUUUUGAUUUUGUUAAUGGUCGACCUUUACCUGGUAAUUGGGAAUAUGUUCGACCUCAUGAAGAUUUUAAAGAGACUGAUAAUAAACAAGAAACAAGUAAUAAUAACUUCAUGUCAAUGUAAUCUGUAUUACUGCAGAUGCACAUCAAUUAGAGAAAAAUUUGUUUUAUUAAUAUUUAUUACUUUAAAUUAAUUUAUUCUGCAAUAUAAUUAGGCCAACUAAAAGUUAAUUCCCAUCAUCACUGACUUUUUUAUAAAUAUAAAUGCGAAUGUAUGAAUUGAUAAUGGUUGAAAGCAAAGAGAAAAACACAAAAAAGUUUAUCUCAUGUCUGAGUACGACCCAGUUUCGGUUAUGUAUCCAUGACGUACUACUAUACAAUGCAACCAAAUACAUCUAUUGAAUUAUGUAUGUAUAAGAUUUGAAUUUAAAUUCAUAAGUGAUAACUUAAA